AACAUUUUGUGUGAAAUUGCAUUUUCCAACACCCGUCGGUCAAGACCCUCCCGUCCCCUUUAGCACCUGCACCUCCCGUCCGACCCCCAGGUCCCAAUCCAGAACAACGACAUUUGGGAUCCAGCAGUCCUUUUGCUCCGUUCAUCUACGACACGACACGACGCUCGCUGUCCCUUGAAACGAUAUCGUCGCCAUUCUUUUCUCGUCAAGUCGUUGAAUCCCUCAACGACUCCCUUACCGACCCUCUUCUAGACUAACCCUUACUUUCAACAACCGUCGUAUGUUUGCCCGCCUCUCUCUCAGUCUCCCCCUACUACACCAAUCCGGCCCCCAUUCAAUAAUUCCUCUCCCGACUCCACGAAGCCAUCAUGGCCCCAAUGCAUCUGCAUCCCUCAAGAUUCCACCUUACUGAUCACACUCUAUACUACAGAAGAUGAUGCGCAGAAAGAAGAACGUGAAGAAGGGAAUCCAGUUCUGUUUGAUGGUCUGCGGAGCAUCAGGCACUGGAAGAACCACCUUCGUCAACACCCUCUGCGGAAAGAGCGUGCUCGGCCACAAGGAGUCGGACGACCCCAACGGCGCCUCUGUCGAGGACGGUGUCAAGAUUAAGCCCAUCACUGUCGAACUUGAGCUGGACGAGGAGGGCACCCGCAUCUCUCUGACCAUUGUUGAUACUCCCGGCUUCGGUGACCAGAUUGACAAUGAGGCCAGCUUCUCCGAGAUUGUCGGCUACCUCGAGAGACAAUACGAUGACAUUCUUGCCGAGGAGUCUCGUAUCAAGCGUAACCCUCGUUUCAGAGACAAUCGUGUGCACGCCAUGCUUUACUUCAUCACACCCACCGGACACGGUCUUCGCGAGUUGGAUAUCGAGCUCAUGAAGCGCCUUGCUCCCCGUGUUAACGUCAUUCCCGUUAUUGGCCGUGCCGACUCCCUGACCCCUGCUGAGCUCGCCGAGUCAAAGAAGCUUGUGAUGGAGGACAUUGAGCACUACCGCAUCCCCGUCUACAACUUCCCUUACGAUAUUGAGGAAGAUGACGAGGAUACUGUUGAGGAGAACGCCGAGCUGAGAGGUUUGAUGCCGUUCGCGAUCGUCGGUUCUGAGGAGAUUGUCGAGAUUGGCGGUCGCACCGUCCGCGCUCGCCAGUACCCUUGGGGUGUUGUCGAGGUUGACAACCCGCGCCACUCCGACUUCCUCGCCAUUCGAUCUGCACUUCUUCACAGCCACUUGGCUGACCUGAAGGAGAUCACCCACGACUUCCUGUACGAGAACUACCGUACCGAGAAGCUCAGCAAGUCCGUUGAGGGUGGUGCUGGAGUCGACUCGUCCAUGAACCCCGAGGAUCUUGCCUCGCAAUCUGUGCGCCUCAAGGAGGAACAGUUGCGGAGAGAGGAGGAGAAGCUCCGCGAGAUCGAGAUCAAGGUCCAGCGCGAGAUCAACGAGAAGCGACAAGAGCUCUUGGCCCGCGAGUCCCAACUUCGCGAGAUCGAGGCCCGUAUGCAGAGGGAACAGUCUGCAGCAGCCGGCGGCCCCGCCGAGGCCAACGGCGACCACGAAGCCAACUAAUUCAACAAUUCUGGCCCCUGCUUAUGGUUAUCCCAAACUGCGACGUUGGUCUUUUUCUAUACUGGCGUUGGUUUCCGUGCUGUGUUGAAAGAGAAAGAACAAUAUUCCCCUAUGCGAGUUCGUUUCUCUUGACACGAAGAUAAAAACCCCAAAAAGGUCUACUACGAAUGCGACGACUGGGAAGAGGCUACCGGCUCGGUAGAUGUGUGGGAAGAAGCGGUGUACGUUCUCGGGGCGGAGGUUCAAAGGCUUCUGGGUCGAGGUCGAGGGGAUGGAUCAUGGGGGACACGGCGGACCUGUGGGCCACGAGCUACUCGUCAAUCUGUUUCCAUCAUCCCUAUCACGCCGCCAGCCCGCAUCUUUCCGGCUGUGCCUUUGUAGCCCUUUUUACUAACGCCCUCAUUUUCCUUUUCUAUUAGUCGACUUCUAAUGCAGAUAUCACAUUACUUUACCGCUUCACCAAAUUCAAGUCUUGUUCCCCGCGU